AAAAAUUGUACAUUAUAUAUACAUAUUUACUCAGUUUAUUUCUAUUCACAUAAAUAAUAUGUAUAAUUAAUUCAACAAAAUUAUAUUUAACAGCAUCAGCUGACCCCACGUUGUGAAUAGUUGUGAGAUAGGUAUACAAUAUAUUGUAUAGUGUAUAUAUAUGAAUAGUCAAAUGUUACUUGCUAAACAUAAAAAAUAGAGAAGUGAAAAUGAAUACUCUUGCGAAGUCUUUUGUGCUUAGGGUUAACCCAGUACACUCAGUAAGAAAUGUUUCGGCGAGUUGUACAAGGCAUAAAGAUGAUUUUAUUAAUCUAAUUCAUCCGGAAGGCCAAGAACCUACUAUACCACAAUAUGUUGAACGUAAUGAGGAGGGCAUAGAUGUUAAAAGAGCUCGGCUAGUAUAUCAAUCUCGUAAACGUGGUAUGUUAGAAAAUGGUCUUCUUUUGAGUACAUUCGUAAAAAAAUAUUUACAUGAAUUUGAUGAUAAACAAUUACAAUUAUAUGAUCAUCUUAUAAAUUUACCAACAAAUGAUUGGGAUAUAUUUUAUUGGGCCACAGGCGCAAAGCCUACUCCAGCUGAAUUUGAUAAUGAAGUCAUGGAUUUAUUAAAAAAACAUAUUAGAAAUGAGGAUCGUCAGGCAAGAAUAAUGCAACCUGAAUUAUAGAUAUGAUAGUAUUUAAUAGUUAUAAUUUAUAGUACAUUUAGGAACAAUAAAGAGAAUGUUACCCUA